AAAAAACGAGCAGGUCUGUGGAUUUCAUCAGAGCAAAGACAGCGUGACUUGUAAUUAGUCCAACUCCAUCGAGCUUCUAGUGUCUCCAUCGCCUGGUGGCUUCCAGUACUAUAAAUCUAUUGCAAUGGCGCAAGGUAAACAAUGUCUGAUGCCACGGUCUGGGGCAUGGUCAUUAACUCGGUCAAGGUCCUUGUUUCCGAAGAAGACCAAGAAGGUUUCGGAGAAUUCCUUGGGUGCCAUAGCGGAACCCAUCAAUUUAUAAAGUCUGUUCGCGGACAAUUUCCUCGAAAGACACGAACUCUUCUUCAGCUAAUCCCAUUGAACCGUCUCCUAUAUUAUAUCCUUGAAAACAAAUAUUCAUCACUCCGGCAAAAAGUAUGUACUCCCAGCAGAGCUAUGGCGUACUUCACCACACCAACCCCCACCCAUCAGGCUACCCCGGUGAUCCGUCUGCGUAUAUGACGCAAGUACAGAAUCACUCAUCAGCUGCUCCAUGGGGACCCCAGCAUCAACAACAACAAAUGAUUCCUUCGUCGGCGGGACCGGUGAGCGAUCCAACAUUACCAGCCGGAUGGAUAAAGCAAUGGAACCAGCAAUAUCAAGCGUGGUUUUUUGUCAAUACCUUCGCACAACCGCCGCUUUCACAAUGGAUACAUCCUGGGCCAGUGCUGCCUCCAGCCGGCCCCCCUCCAAUGGCUUAUGGCAACUAUCCAGCUCGGAACCCCAACGGGCCAGCUCCCACAGGAGCGUAUCAAUCUACUACUCAACAAGCCAAUAAUGGCGCCGCUGGUACACAAGGAUACAACGGCUCUGCCGCACCAGCUACCAAGCAGUUGACAGCGACCAAUAACGCUGGCGCAAACAAAUCCAAUUCGGCUGCCUCCGGAAUUAUGGCUGCAGGGAUGGGCGCUAUGGGAGGUCUAGCUCUUGGUGGUCUCAUUAAUCACGAAUGGAAAGAACAUCAACAUCGGGAACACGAACGUGAAAAUGAGGCCUAUGCUUCCGGCUAUCAACAAGGCGAAUCUCAACGUGAAUAUGACCACAAUAAUAACAAUAAUAACACUUCGUAUCAAGAGGUCGAUGAUUCAGAUCAAAGCUGGUCGAACCAAGAUUCAACCCCCGACGAUGAAGAUGGUGAUUGGUAG